GGUGUCGGGACUAGAGCGUCUCUCCUCCGCCGCCGUUUUCAAGCACAAGCGACUUCCAUUUCCGGGAGCGGCUUCUGUCAUAAAGCUGAGACCUCUUCUUCAUACAGUGUCGUGGGUCCUUUGCGUCUCGUCUGGGGUCAGCGCGCAAGGACGGGCGCGGGCGGGGGUAUUUUGCAGUCAACAGCUGGAGCCAGUCCUUGCGUACUGGGCUUUCACUAGCAUCUCUGAUCUCUUAGAGCCGUCGGGUUUUUGACCCUUCACGAUUGGGAGUCCCUGAUUCGCAGCCUGCAGGACUGCACCUGGAGAAGACAGCAAUUCUUCGUCCACACCUGUCUCCCAUAGUCACGCUCUGCCCAGUGAGGUGCAGCAUUUAACAAGUCACCCCUUCCCUACUCACUUUCUCCUACUUCUGCGUUAACUUCGUUAACUUCCUUGAGACCCUUCCCCUCGGCCUCUAGGUCUUUUCACCCAGUUCCUAUUAAAAUUGAGAGAAGCUUCGGGUAUCCUGCAGAAAGAUUACCUCUACGACUGAGCACCCAUUUGAUACCAAAAACAAGUUCAUGCUUACUAGAGAGUUUGUGGGCGGAUUGAAACCCAGUGCACACAGGAAGCUAUGGCUGAGCACGGGGCUCAUAUCACAACUGCUUCUGUGUUGGAUGACCAGCCAUCCAUCUUUGAGGUGGUAGCACAGGACAGUUUAAUGACGGCAGUGAGACCUGCUCUUCAGCAUGUGGUCAAGGUUCUUGCAGAAUCAAAUCCUGCCCACUAUGGCUUUUUUUGGAGGUGGUUUGAUGAAAUUUUUACCCUGCUAGAUCUUCUGCUCCAGCAGCAUUAUCUUUCUAAAACCAGUGCCUCAUUUUCUGAAAACUUUUAUGGCUUAAAGCGGAUCGUAAUGGGGGACACACACAAGCUUCAGAGACUGGCCAGUGCUGGUCUCCCAAAAAAGCAGCUUUGGAAGUCAGUAAUGUUCCUGGUUCUUCUUCCCUAUCUGAAAGUGAAGUUGGAAAAGCUCGUUUCUAGCCUGAGAGAAGAGGAUGAAUAUUCUAUCCAUCCCCCUUCUUCCCGCUGGAAACAAUUUUACAGAGCCUUCCUGGCAGCCUACCCAUUUGUUAACAUGGCCUGGGAAGGCUGGUUUCUUGUACAACAACUUCAAUACAUCCUAGGAAAGGCUCAGCACCACUCACCACUACUAAGUCUAGCUGGAGUUCGGCUAGGUCGGCUUACAGUUCAGGAUAUACAAGCUCUGGAGCACAAACCAGCUGAAGCCAGCAUGAUGCAGCAACCAGCCAGGAGUGUUAGUGAGAAGAUAAAGUCAACUCUGAAAAAAGCUAUGGGGGGUGUUGCCUUAUCCCUCUCUACUGGCCUUUCUGUGGGUGUAUUCUUCCUGCAGUUCCUUGACUGGUGGUACUCAUCUGAAAAUCAAGAAACCAUCAAAUCAUUGACUGCUCUGCCUACUCCACCACCACCUGUGCACCUAGACUACAAUUCUGAUUCUCCACUGUUACCCAAAAUGAAGACUGUGUGUCCACUGUGUCGUAAAACCCGGGUCAACGAUACUGUGCUUGCCACCUCUGGCUAUGUGUUUUGUUACCGCUGUGUAUUUAAUUAUGUGAGGAGUCACCAAAGUUGUCCCAUCACAGGUUAUCCAACAGAAGUACAACAUCUAAUUAAACUGUACUCCCCUGAGAACUGAAAAGUAUUAGCAUCUUACCUCGAAACAAAAUCCAUUGCACUAUAAGGCCACAGGGCUGUUUUUCAGCAUGGUACAUAGUAUCGUUUGAUACUUCUCAGCCUCAAAUCAUAAUUAUAUCAAUUUUAAACAACUGUAUUUCUUUAAAAGGAUAUACCAUUGAUCUUAACCUCUAGCCUGUUCUCUAGACCCCUAGAGUUGACCAAGCUGAUUAGAGUAAGAGAAUAGGGAUUGGCAAGGAACAUGAGGGUCUGUGUAGAGGAAGUAGAUAAAAGAGGAUAAUUAGUGCAGAAGCUUUUUCUUAAAGAACAAAGAGGUAUAGAAGCUCUCAGGAAAAACCCAAGUUAGACCUCAAAGUGGGUGGUGAAGGGGAAGGAGGUCUUUUCUUGACAAGAAAGGUUUAUCUGCCUCUGAGAAAGAGGUUUUAUCAGUUUGCAAACAAUGUGAAAAGUGGGCUUGCUCUUUACAGAAACACAUUCGAAAAACAACAGCUCCUUCCAUGUACUGUGACCCAUUUGUUAAGUAAUAUUUGCUGUAGUUUAUCAACUUUUAAAGAUUCCUUUAUGAGCCAUAUAGCUCUUUCUUGGGAAACUGGUUAAAGGAAGAUAGGGGUUGAGUGUAUAUAUAGUCUGAAGAUUUCCGUGUGAAAGCAAAGCUAAUAAGCAAUAAAAAGAUGAAGUAAAAUACUGAUCUAACCGUGUGUAAAGAAAAGACCUUUUAAUAAGUUCUUUCUGCCUGCUGUUAAGAGUUUGCUAAACUGACAUGAAUUAUUCUGGCUAUUACUAAAGUUUCUAUGAAAUGCUUAAAUACAUUUUAAGAAUAAAUGUUUUUGGCAAAGAA